UGCGGACGAGUACGAGCGGAAGCCGCGUUUGUUGUUCUUCCUUCUGUUUCCGAGACGUUCGGGGUCUAAACGGGUUCAACAGCCGUGUCUGCAUGUCUCUACCAAUUCCCUCUAUAAAUCGUCUUCUACCGCUCCCGAAUGAAGAUUAACAGGUAUGCCAAAGGAAAAAUAUGAUCCUCCAGAUCCCCGCAGAUGUUACACCAUCAUGCCAGCGGAGGAGGCGGCCAAUGGGAAGAAGUCUUACUGGGCCGAGCUCGAAAUUUCUGGACGUGUGAGGAGCCUGAGCAGCUCGUUAUGGACGCUCACCCACCUGACGGCGCUGCACAUCAACGACAACAACCUGAACCGCAUCCCGCCCGACAUCGCCAACCUGUCCUGCCUGGUCUACCUGAACCUGUCGUCCAAUAAGCUCCGCAGCCUGCCGGCCGAACUGGGCAACAUGGUCUCUCUCAGGGAAUUGCUUUUAAACAACAAUCUUUUAAGAGUUCUGCCUUAUGAACUUGGCAGGCUUUUCCAGUUACAAACCUUGGGGCUAAAAGGAAACCCGUUGUCCCAAGACAUCCUCAAUCUGUACCAGGAGCCGGACGGAACCAGAAAGCUUUUGAACUACAUGCUCGACAAUCUAGCAGUGCACCCAGAGCAGCUCCCCCAAAGACCUUGGAUCACUCUGAAAGAUCGAGACCAAAUGAGUCCCUCAGCCGUGUUCAUGGUCAUGUGCUACAAUGUUCUGUGCGACAAGUACGCCACGCGACAGCUGUACGGUUACUGUCCGUCCUGGGCCCUCAACUGGGAGUACCGGAAGAAAGGCAUCAUGGAGGAAAUCACCAGCUGUGACGCUGACAUCAUCAGCCUGCAGGAGGUGGAGACACAGCAGUACUACGCUAUGUUUCUUGAAACGCUAAAGGAGCGUGGCUACGAAGGCUACUUCUGCCCUAAGUCUCGAGCCAAACUGGUUUCUGAACAGGAGAGGAAACACGUGGACGGCUGCGCUGUGUUCUAUAAGACCGAGAAGUUUACUUUGGUCCAGAAACACACUGUGGAGUUCAACCAGGUGGCCAUGGCCAACUCUGAGGGCUCAGAGGUCAUGCUGAACAGAGUGAUGACCAAAGACAACAUCGGGGUGGCCGUUCUGCUCGAGGUCAACAAGGACAUGUUCUCCGAUGGCAUGAAGCCACCACAGGAGAGGCAGCUGAUCCUGGUGGCCAACGCCCACAUGCACUGGGACCCCGAGUACUCGGACGUCAAGUUGAUCCAAACCAUGAUGUUCCUGUCGGAGCUGAAGAGCAUCACUGAGAGGGCCUCGGGCUCCAUGGCGACCGGUUCGCCGACCUCCGACCCGUCCUCCAUCCCCAUCGUCCUGUGUGCUGACCUCAACUCGCUGCCCGACUCCGGUGUGGUGGAGUACCUCAGCAAUGGAGGAGUGGCUGAGAACCACAAGGACUUCAAGGAGCUACGCUACAGUGACUGUCUGACCAACUUCAACUGCAACGGCAAGAACGGCAACUCAGACGGAAGCAUCAUGCACAGCUUCCAGCUAAAGAGCGCCUACGACAGCAAUCUGAUGCCUUACACCAACUACACAUAUGACUUCAAGGGGGUUAUCGACUACAUCUUCUUCUCAAAGACCCACAUGAGUGUCCUGGGCCUGAUGGGACCGCUGGACAGCCAGUGGCUCAUUGACAACAACAUCACCGGCUGCCCCCACCCCCACAUCCCCUCGGACCACUUCUCCCUGCUGGCCCAGCUGGAGCUGCACCCUCCCCCGCCCCACCCGCUCAACCCCCUCAACGGGCUGCACCUGCCGGUCCACAGGUAGUGCAGCCUGAGAGCCCGGCCAACCCUUCCUGCCUCACCUUCAAAACACUGUCCCCCCCCCCCCCCCCUCCAGCUGUAAACAGGACCCUAUACAGAUUACAGAUCAUGUUAAAACUCAGACACCAUCCGACCCUGAGACACACCUACCCAAAAGGAGUGAAGUAUUUGCCCGUUUGUUGCUCCUUUUUGUGUUUUUGCACACUGUAAAUGUUUGUUUUAUUACAUUUUCUCCCCUUGAAAAGGCUUGAUACCAAAUGUUGGGCUUGGGAUGAGGUUGCUAUGGUAACCCCCAAUGUCAAUUGUUUUUUUUGCCUUAGAUCACAACCACAAACCUUUAACUAAUGCUACUUUUUCAACUUUUUAAACAUAAAGUAAACAAAUGUCAGCAGAUUAGCUGAAUUUAAUUUAGGUUUAUUUCAACAUUUCACACAUCUGUGAAUGUUUUUAGAGUAAAAACACAACAACAUUAAUGCUGCACCACAACAUGUGUGUUGUGUUAAAGCCACAGUCUAUAAAACUGGAACCUGCGAUCACUCCCAAAUGAACUGACAGGUUUUUUAACGAAAGGAGAAACAGUACAAACAACUGAAAGUCAGGAAUGUUUACAAGGAUGUGAAGGAUUUGUUUACAUCCUCUUUGUAAACACAGGUUCAUAGAUGUUCAAUUCUGAUCAGCUGAGAAACGCCAAACAAACGUAAUUCAAAUGUGGAGAAAAUAACUGCAGCUUUUAAGGUUAUCAAGUACUGAUUUGGCAUUUAAAAAGUCAUGUAACACUAAACGGGUGUGUUUCACUUGGGAAUGUCCCAGCUGCCUGUGAUCGCAGAACAGCAGCACUAAUAAUAAAAUAAAUGACAGAAUGUUUUGGGGGCUUUCAGAUUGAUACUUAAUAAUGGAAAGUAUCUCAUGUCUGUCAAAUCAAACUUUUUCUGCAUCCCAUUUCCACAUAAUUUGGGAUUAUGCAGCCUGGUUCAGUUUUAAGGAUGUCACCUGACUCGUCCUUCUUACCAGGUAGCAAAUCUCAACCUGAAAGCCGCCUCAUGGUGCUACGUGAAUGUUACUGAAGUGCUACAUUCACAUCUAUGAAUUUUUUUCUUCCAUAAAAUGGGACUUGAACCUCUCUUUGAUCAUUGCUAAAUAUUUUACUUGCAGAGUGUGAAUCUCAUCAGAUUCAUGCUCACUGUAGUUUAAAAGAUGCAGCUUGUGAGCGUUCAGCACAGUCAUAAAAUCAGUUCAGGCCAAAAUAAGAGAUUAAAUCCCAAAUAUUAAUAAACAAUGCAAUCAAAUUAUCCCCCUACUCUUUGGCUAAUUUAAUAUUUUAAACACAAUCCCAACCAAAAAAUGCUCUUUAUACUUUUAGCUUUGGAAGUCGUGCUUUUAAACACCUACGGUCUUAAAAAAGUAUGGUCCCGUUUCCCCUCAGCUGACUGGCCAAAGAGUCCGCAGAAUGAGGGACUUGUGCUCUGUCCACAAUAAGAUAAUAUUUAUUUAUUGGUUCCAGAGAAAGAAAGAAAAUCUUCCUGAGAAGAAUCUGCCAGUGAUUGGAGACCAGGAGCCGAAUGUAUUUACCAAAGGCUCACUAUGAGAUUGGUUGUUGCCAGAUUCCUGUGGACUUUGUAUAAUUGUGUCAGAUGAUUAGAACUAAUAGCCCUUUAUGUAAGUUGUAACUCAGGGCUAUGCUAUGCAUCCAACAGUACCUCUCAGUCGUGUCAUAAGAGCAAAACCAAACAGGAAGCUAUUGGUUUGAAAAUCCUUUAUAAAGCACAGGUAAUGUACGUACUUACAUACAUGUGUGUUGUUGUUGUAGAGAUCCCACGCCAUGGUGCAUUUCUUUUAAUGAAACUGCUGCUGCACUUUUGCUCCAUCCCAGAAAUAAUAACUUGGGAAAUUUAAAUUAAUCAAAAUUUUUGAGGUGCAAAAAAGCAUUCAGAUAAAUUUGGUGUUAACACUUUUAUUUAUUUUUUAUAAAACAUUGUCAUUUGGUUUAGAUGUCAGGCUUAUAAGAGAGGCUCAAGUAUCAAUGUGGGAUGAUAGGAUCACUGAAUGCAGGGGUAGGACUGGGUAUCAAUACUGACUCAGCACCUGAGAUUCAUAAUGUCAACAUUUUAAGAAACUUCCAAAUGCUUAAUGUUGUGUAAACCAGUGGCCCCGGACCUGGAGUCAUGAGAUGAAUGACAAGGUAACAAACAAGAGAAGUCUUUAUUUUUGGGAUUCGUCCUACAUAGUUGGUGUCAGUUAAAAUCUAAAAAGAGAAUCUCUCUGAUUGAGACAUGCAACCUGCAACAAGUGGCAGCAAGGCGACGUGGCAUUUUAUUAAGCUGUCGCCAGCAGGAAAGGUUGGGAACAAACUGGAACAAAGCCGUACAACUUCAUUACAUAAAAUCAGGAACACUGUUUAAAGAAUCUGUUGAAAAUUCGAUGGCAGCUUUCAGUCCGGGACAUUUCUCUAUCGACUGGUACAAAAGCAAAUAUUAAGGUUUGAUACCCAGCCCUACUUAUGCAGAGGGACUCUAUAAUAGCUGCCUGCAGCAUGCACUCAGUGUUUAACAUAUCUGGCACAUUUCACACUGUAGUGUCUAGUAAACCCUGACGUGUUGAGAUUCAAUUAGGUAAAUUAGUCGAAGCAUUUUCUCUGCGUAUUUGAAAGGAAAGCCAUCAUUUUGGGAUAAAUGGUGUCAGCACAACACAGCAGCCUGUAACCUCAGCUUUAAGCCGCAGUCAGUGUCAGCUUUGCUUCAUUUGCACAUGAUUUGACGCUAACGCUAACGGAUACACCUCCAGUUUUGGUGGAGUUGAAGUCUAUCUUUGUGAGCAUUUUGAGGCCUAUACUUCACUCCUAAACUCACCUCACAGGGUUUUCUGAUUUUGUACGACAGCUGUACAUAAAUUAAAUUGCCUUGUAUGACGGGGCGUCUUUCACAUCCGUGAGGAGAAUGUACCAUUCUCUGAUUAAGGGGCACAUUUCUUCUCACAAAUCAAAGAUGUACCUGGUGUGAGAUUUUUCUUUUUCUUUGCCCGGUGCACUAAGAUCUUGUAUGUGAAUACCACCUCUACCUGUCUCUGAUACUCUUGUAGAGACGAAACUGGUCUCUGCCCAACUUUGUUUUUGAACUACGGGCAUUUUCUGUCUUCAACAAACAUGCAGUCUUUCAAUUGGUACUUUGUACAAUUCAGUAUUACCAAGUUUUUGAGAAAAAAAGAUAAAUGUUCUAGGUUUAAAAGCA